UCCAAGAUGGCGCCGGUGUGUGUGGCCUGCCGUCAGUUGCUCUCGGAAUUGUGUGUGCUGUUUGUAAUUGUUUCGAUUCUUACCCUGGAUGUCGACUCUCUGUUGGUCUAUGAUCGCCAAACUCUGCUGGAUCUUUGUUCAGUGGACUUGGCUGGUGGUGGCCGCGGUACGUUACCCCCUCUUCUGGCAAGGGCCCCGGUUCGCCUUUGCCUUGUCCUGGCUCCACUUCCUCGGCGUAAGCGUAAACGUCGCCGGGGUAAACGCGGCGGCCGGUUGGUGAGGCUGAAGGCUUGUCUGGCGAGUUUACCUGUGUCUUCCUGGACUGGGAUUGGUCGUUCUCUUAUUCUUCCUCGACGCUCGUUGGACCCUGAUGGCUGCUGCCUGCUGCCUGCCGUUGGCCCGGAAGAACUGCUCCUCCCUUGUGGCCCCUCCUCUCCUCGACCCCGCAGGCGUGGUUUAAAUCUCCUCAACUUGCGGCCCUUGUGCCGGGCUCCCCUGACAUCGGACGCCGUGGACCAGCCUGUUCCUGUCAAGAUUGCCCUGGUGAACGCUAGGUCGCUGGUGAACAAGACUUUUAUUUUGAAAGAUUUUUUUGAAUCCAGAGGGUUAGAUCUCCUCUGUGUGACUGAGACAUGGCUGGGUGUUGGUGAGUCCAGCGCUUUCGCUGAGAUGUUACCCCUUGAUUGCUGCUAUCUUAACUCCCCGCGGACGUCGGGCAGAGGUGGAGGACUAGCUACUGUCUUUAGGAGUCAUUUUAAAUGUAAACAGCUAUUGCUUUCAUCCUCUUUAGCAAGUUUUGAAUUAAGUUUGUUUGAGCUGGUUGGCUCUAACACAGUGUUGUGUGCUCUGGUCUAUCGGCCUCCAAAGUAUAAUAAGGACUUUUUAAAUGACUUUUCUAUUUUCCUGGCUGAAAUCAUGCCUAGAUAUGACCGUGUACUUAUUGUAGGGGAUUUUAAUGUUCACGUGUGUUGUCCUGAAAAGCCUAUGGCAAAGGACUUUUUGAACCUCAUUGAUUCAUUUAGUCUUGUACAAUCUGUGUCAGGACCCACACAAGAGCAUGGUCACACGCUUGAUCUUGUCCUAUCAUAUGGUUUGCCCGUUUCUAAUCUAGUGAUUUGUGAUGCCGUGUUUUCCGACCAUAUGCCUGUGUUAUUUGAGGUUAUUAUUGCACCUACUGCAGUUCGACCUCGCGCUCCUGCUCGGCACUGUCGUGUUGUUAGCCCUUCCACUGCUGUUCAGUUCUCGGCUGCUUUUGCUCUGAACUCCAUCGUUCCUGAGUCUGUGUGUGAUACAGAGGAGCUUAGCUCAUGGCUUCACUCCACCUGCCAGACUGUUUUGGACACUGUGGCUCCAUUGAAGUUCAGGCAGCCUAAAACUAAAUUUGAGCCCUGGAUGAAUGACACGACUCGUGCUGUCAGGCGCGAGUGUCGUAGAGCUGAGCGGAAGUGGAAGAAAGACAAACUGCAGGUGUCAUUUCAAAUGUUGAGGGAGAGUUGGUGCCAUUAUCAGAAAGUUGUGAAAGCUGCUAAGAGGAAACAUUUCUCAGGUCAGAUGAUCAGCUGCUCCUGAUUGAGCCAAAGACUAAGCGGAAGCUCAGAGGGGACCGUGCCUUUGCUGUGUCGGCUCCGAGAUUGUGGAAUGAAUUGCCUCUGCACGUUAAACAGGCCCCUUCUCUAGCUGUUUUUAAAUCACUCCUGAAGACAUAUCUAUUCUCCAUGGCCUUUGUAGACCAGUGAGGUGUCGAAUUGUUUUUUAACUUUAUUUGCUUGGUUUUGCUGCGUUGUUUGUACUUGUGUUUUAUGUUUUUUAAUUUAUUGUUUGGAUUUUUGUAUGUAAUUUAUGCGCCUCGUGUUAGUUGUAUGUUCUGUUGUUCUGCCUGUUUUAUGAUGUCUUGCUUGUUUUCUUUUUUCUGUACAGCACUUUGGUCAGCUUUGGUUGUUUUUAAGGUGCUUAACAAAUAAAGUUAUUAUUAUUAUUAUUACUUUGAAUUGCACUACAGCCUUGUACCAUGUUGCUGCUUUGCAUUCAAUAUUGCAUUUAUUGCUGUAUUUAUCAUUUCUGUUUGCAUACAGUUUACUCUGUGUGCUCCAUGUGAACAAGGAAUGCCAUUGCAUCCUGGUGUAUAUAGCAAUCAAUUAAUCUGAAUCUUGAGUUAAUCUGAUUCUGAAUUAAUCAAGUCCUUUGCUAGAAUAUCGGUUUACUAAUGUAUAUUUAAUUACACAGCAGAUGAAAAGACUUAAACUACCUUUCAUUAGAUUCCUCUAUUCAUUUGGUACAUUGAUAAAAGGUUUAGAUUACCUGAGCGUUUAAACCUUGAUAAAAGGUUCAGACUACCUGAGCAUUUAAACCUUUAAUUCUUGCAUACCAACCUCAAAUUUAAAUCCACAUACUUUGUUUACAACUCUUUAUUUGGAUCAGAUGCUUGACAUAGUUUCUUCUAUUUCAAGACUGAAUGAUUUCUAACAUCAUCAUGGAAUGUGAACUGGACAGAAUUCAAAACUUAGAAAACGCCUCUGACCCAUUUCAGCUACGACUGGGAUUAGUGCGUCUCUUCCCUAAAAAUCUAAACGGAUGCAAAUAUUUGGUUUAGUGUGUGUGAGCCUGUAUACAUUUUUUUACCAUUGAAUACCUGAGCUUCUCCGGGAUCAGUUAUGACUUAGGCAUUGCGUUCUCACACCGCCUUUAAAAUACUUCUUAAAAUCUAACCCUUCAACCAGGUUUUUGAUCUGGGAUGGCAUUGUUUGUUUUGUCAAUGCUCCUUUUUAAGUAUCUUAGAAUGUUUUGCUAUGCGGAAGGCACUAUAUAAAUAGAAGUUGUUGAUGUUGUGGAAGUCAAGUUUUUUUCUUCAGGAAAGAAAGUCAAUCCCUAUAGAUUAUCAUUACACUUUAGUGCUGGGUCUUGUCUGUCCAUUCAGAAGGGCGUUAACAAUCCUAUUGGGCAAUUCAAAGAAUAUAGUCAAGUAUUCCCACUGUUCUGGACAAUAUAAUUUAACUGAAACUACAACACAAAAGAUUAAAACACAAAGUGCUGGAGGAAUUCAGUGGGUCAAGCAAUAUUUGUGGAGGGAAUAGACAGGCAACAUUAGGUCUUCAGAUCCCUCUUCAGACAAAAAAAGAUUAUGGGAUGAUGUUUAUGGGAUGAUUUCAGACAGAUUAGUUGCUGGAUUACCCAGAGGUUGUUAAUUACUGCACUUUUAAUAGUUUCCAUUCUGUGAGAUACAGCAACGUUUUCUAGUGUGCGAAUGCACCAUAUAAUUGCUGGUGCGGUUAAAUCAAAGAGAGAGUAACCCCAAACUGCUACUCGUUGCUGCUGUGGAGAAUGGGGAAUAGAUGGUUCUGAAUGAAGCUUAUCAUUGGGGAAUCAUAUUUUCUCAUGACCAAGAUCUAUGCAAAAACGGCUACAUCAGUCCAAUGGAAAUUCUUCAAUAAAGGUCCCAAUUGUUAAAUAACUAAACCAUAUAUCGGUGCUUUCAAAGACACCUUAUCUCUGGGCAGGAAAGAUCAGAAAGAACAGUGCUUUGAAAUUCUCUGGGUACUUUUGUGCGUGGAUCACAAUAAGUUAGCAGAAUGGUGAAGGGAGAAGACAAUGGCAUAUUAACCUAUAUUGCAAAGUUAGAAGAAUUGUCACAGUUUUGCAGGAUGCUGGUGAGGCCACACCUGGAAUAUUGCGCAUUGUUUUGGCCAUCGUACUUUAAAAAGGACAAAGUAGCAUUAGAGGCAGUCAAAAGGAGAUUCACCUUGGGAAGAGAGGAUUGUUCCGUCAAGAGAAGCUGAACUUUUGUCUCUCUUCUCUGGAGUUUAGAAGAAUGAGGGGUGAC